AAACAAACUCAAGACGACAUAUCCAAAACAAAAACCUCACAAACUAGACUUUUCUUCUUUUCUCAGUUUCAUUUUUGGCUCAUAUUCGAUAUAAAUGGCUUCCACACUCUCAUUUGCAUCGGCUCUAACUUCACCUCUCGCUCCAUCUCCCUUUGCCUCAUCCAAGUCUACUUCGCCGUUCUCUGCCUCCUUCCCACGGAGGAUGCCUAGUCGGAUCAGAGCUCAGGACCAAAGAGAAAACUCGAUUGAUGUUGUUCACCAAGGACAACACAAGGGGAACGAAGGAUCUAGCGUACAAAAAAGACCUCAACAACGCUUAGCCAUGGACGUUUCUCCUUUCGGACUGUUAGAUCCUUUGUCACCAAUGAGAACAAUGCGGCAAAUGCUAGACACCAUGGACAGGAUGUUUGAAGACGCUAUGCCUGUCUCAGGAAGAAACAGAGGAGUAAGUGGAGUGUCAGAGAUUCGUGCACCAUGGGACAUCAAAGAGGAAGAACAUGAGAUCAAGAUGCGUUUUGACAUGCCUGGUCUCUCCAAAGAAGACGUAAAAAUCUCUAUCGAAGAUAACGUCCUUGUAAUCAAAGGAGAGCAGAAGAAGGAAGACGAUAGUGAUUCUUGGUCUGGAAGAAGCGUUAGCUCUUAUGGAACACGACUUCAGCUUCCAGACAACUGUGAGAAAGACAAGAUCAAAGCUGAGCUCAAGAACGGAGUUCUCUUUAUCACUAUCCCUAAAGCCAAAGUCGAACGCAAAGUCAUCGAUGUCCAGAUUCAGUAGAGAACUCCAUUGAUGUUUUCCUCUGUUUCAUUGUUACUUGGAGCUAUUUCUUGUACAUAAGCGCCUAUGUUUCUCUUAGUGAUGUUAAAAUGGGCCGGAUGCCCGCGGGUCUAAACAGGUCAGUAUUAAAAAUUUAAGUCCGAGGUCCGUUUAAUAACACACCAAAAAAUAAAAAACUUAAACGGGUUCACCAUUUUA